CUCACACAACUUGACCACACAGCCCAUUCACUUUUCCAAACUGACCAAACCAGCUGUAUUCAUAAUCAACGGCCUCCGAUAUCUCUUCCCUCGAACAAAAGAUAGAUCAACGCUCCAAAAUCCCCGAACAUAACCUUUCGUGUCAGUUUCUGUCAGCCUCGGAUUGCUCCACCACCAUCACCUGCACCCCGCUUUUAUCCACACCCUCCUCGGUGCUGUUCCCACUGCGCUCAAUACAACUCCACCACUUCCUUUCGCUUUAGGGUUCCCACUUCUCACUCUGCGCAUUGUCUCCACUUCCUUGUUCUCUUUCUCAGUUAACGCUGUUUCCGCUGUGAUUAUCAUCGCGACUCUCCAGUGGUUUCGUGGAAUGUUUGGGAUUUUGAGAGAUGGAGGGCGCGUGGCAGAAGAAUUGUGAUUCGCCGUUUCAGCCGUCGAUGUCUGCGGCGGUUUCCUCCGUACCGGCGUUGGAGCCGGAGAUGGAUGCAAGUUAUCUUUAUCCACAAUUAGCACAUGGUUUAAGAUCACAAUUUGUUGGAGGGAAGCAAGGCCCUGUUUACCCAAGCUUUCCCCUCUCAACCACCCCUGGGUCAGGCCAAACAGAUGCUGGAAAUUCUUUUAUGGUUCUACCUUAUGGUUCUCCAUCCUCGUUACGGUAUGAUUUUCAGAAUAUGUCUGAACGCAAGCUUGGCAUGUCAUCUGGUGAUUCUACUGAUGCUAUUGGGAAUCCUGUUGUUGGUUCUAUAGAAAGUGGAACCUUCCGGACAUCCGGAGUGGGGUUGAUAACAGAAAAUUUGAUUAACUGUAACCUGCAAAGUUGGGUGAAUAAUUUUCCUGAGAUUUCUUCUAGAGCAAUGGUUGGUUUGAAUAAUAGUAGUAAUUUUGUCUUCCAUAAUAUUUGGGGCAGCAAUACUGCUACUCAGCACACAGUUCCUGGUGGUACAAAAGCGGCAGAAUCUUUUUCUUUUCCAGGUCAGUGCCGAGGUACAUACCCUGCAUUUGGUCUAAAUAUUUGCUGCUCAGAUAUUCACACUAUACCAAAUAUUGCUUCAGAAUGGGGCUCACCUAAGUAUGCAACUCCUUAUAUGAGUGGGUGUCCUCGUGUGUUCUGCAUGGGAAAAAGUGGCCAUCUUCUUCUUAGCCAUACAGGGCUUCUUGGUGUUGUGUGCUCAUGCCAUUGUUCCCACAUGUCUGUUCUUAAGUUUUGUGAGCACUCGGGUUUACAUGGUGGUGACCCAGGGGAUGCUGUUUGUAUGGAGAGUGGGGAGACCAUUUCACAGUGGCGGAAGCUUUACUUCUUGAAGUUUGGGAUUAGGUCUCUGGGGAAUGAGAAUGGAUGGGACUGGCCAGAAGUAUUAUCAACAACAGGCAGUCCGAUGAAAUCCAAUGCAUCCGUGUUUGAUAUGUCCAAGACUAAUUUGUCUCAUAUUUUGAGUUCAUCUGCAGUCAUGUCAAGGUCUGGAAAGUCUUCUGACUAUGUCAUGUUUCCAAAUAAUGCUCAUAUGGACAAAAAUUUAUUUGUUGGUACAUUGUCCAGAAAACAAGCAACAACAAUCCAGGAUGGUUGCAACAUUCCACUCAAAGGUUUUACUGGUAUUUCACAAAACAGCUUUGUUGAUUUGUUGAAAAGCCAGUUAAUGGAAUCUAAUCUGGCUAUGUACACAACUGUACCAAAUUUUGGUGGAACUCAACUGGAUGAUGGUUGUCACCCUAUACCUCCUUUCUUGGAUUCUCUGAAAAGGAAAGUAAGUUUGUCAACGGUCCACUCACCUUUGCAAACACCAACAAACCUUUUGAAAGACCAUGAUUGCGUAAAAAAAAGAGUAAAUGGUCUUGUAGGCAGAGAUGCGGCUUCAUUUAAUGUUGACCUUAGGCUUGGUCAACCACCUCAGACAGGAAACCCACUUCCAUCAUUUGUAGAACCACUGCAGCUUAAUGCCCUUGCCAGUACACCAAAAUUGCAACCUCAGAAGCAGAUGAUUAAUAAUGCAGACCUCAGCAGGGAGGAGGGAUUACAGAAUAAUUUUAGCUAUUCUGCUGCUUCAUUCAAAUUGGUUGAAGAAUUGCCUCAGCUUAAACCCAAGAACUAUAUGUCAGCUGUGAGCAAAGCUUCUGCUAAAGCUAGAUCAGAAACACAAAAUGUGGCCAAGGGUCUAUCAUUUUCACCAUUUUUGCAAGUCGAUGUACCUGGAAGAAAGACACAAGCUAGUGAAAAUUUGUGGGCUGAUGACAGCCCUAACAUGCCUAAGAAACUGUAUUCUGAUUAUGGUCUCACAGGAAGGCAAUCAAAUAAAUCUGUCGUAGGGACCAAUAAAUAUUUGGAAAAUAAUAUAGGGGUGAGCUUUGCCAAAGAUUCUGGUGGCAAAAAAAAUCCAGGAUUUGGAAUUGGUCAGUUAAUGAAAUAUCCAAGCUCCAUGAUGAGAUCUGUUGGUGGUUAUGAUAGUUGUAUCUCAGUUAACGAAAAGAUGUAUGAACCAAAUUUUGAAUCUAGCUUGCCAUCAGAUACAUUGGUGCGGGCAAAUAUUUUGCAUGGUUCAUUCAAUACGUCUUCUCUUGGGCUAGAAAAUUAUGUGAUGAAUCCUCAGACCUCCAUUCCAUUUAAAGAGGUUUUGAAAGGCCCUCCCUGUCAUGUUUCAGUUUCUGUGUCAAAUCAGACUCCGACUUUGCCACAGCAGCAGGCCAUUAAUAGGGAUGCUUAUUUUGUUGAUGAAAACACGAGGUCGCUUGCUGUGACACAGAUACCAGAGUUAUCUAAGCAAUAUCAUGCAUUGCAUUUUAAUAUGAAUCAGAAGCAAGGGGGAUCCAGCAGUAUUUUGAAAGUUCCGCAUUAUACUUGUGAGGCUUCAACAUCUGAACAGGGAACCUCUUGUGCAACAUUGAAAUUGCCUCAAAAUAGGUGGAUAUUUGGGAAUCAUGAGAAUACUGUUGGCUUAGAGAAGUUGCCUUCCCUCACAGGUAUGAACGGAUAUUAUCAUUUGUCUGACCUGUCAUCAACACCUUUACAUUCUAAAGAAAAGGAAUCACAAUGUAAACAUUCUUACGAUCUUCAAAAUGAAGAGACUUCUUUAAGCCUUGAUAUAAACAACGACAAUAUCAGUUCUAGUGCAUGUGAAAAAUACUCUGAGCAAAUGCCAAAUAUAUGUUUGGAAGGCAAGUAUCCUUGUCCUGCUCUGAUAAACUGUUGCCGAAGCAACUUUUCCUCAGGGAUUGAACCCCUUCGUAAGAACCUAGGGCAACAACAUGCUGAUGUCAGUGGUGAAACUUCUUUGAAGAUGCCUUCAGAUUUGUGUAGAAAUCUGAAUACUUCGAAAACCGGAAAUAUCCACUUUGAGCAAGGUGAGAAGAUACUUGGCCAAGACUCUACCAUAAUUGGCUUUCAUGCUCCUCAAUGGAGAGAUGUGCCCAGUAAGGUCAGGAAAGCAGUUUGUGAUGCAACAUCUUUAGAUCAAACAUUCAAUGGUUUGGAUAAGGAAGCACGAUAUGGUUUUCAACUUGGAAACAUUUCCACAAAACGCUACAAAAUAACCACUGAUAUGGGAGACCUGUCAGAGGAAAAAGAAAAUUCUAAUGUUUCUUCUGGAUGCUCUGCUCCUGUUAUUACUCAGGCAUCUGUGAUGGUGAACAAAAUUGAUUACUGUACUGAUGAAGCUAUAGACACUGGCGUUGUCAGCAAGUUCGAAGUUGAUGAAGGGUCAGGUAUUGAUCAAGGCUCCAUGUCAGAUUUGGUUGAAAGUGAAAGAACCGGUGAGUCUCUAGGCUUGAUCUCGGGGAAUUAUUUGAAAAAUGGUUGUUUGAGAGUGUUGAACGAUGAAUCAAGUUGUGAUCUACUUGAUGAUCUUAAACUGUUAGAUUCCUUGAUAUGGAAGAAAGAAAGGAAUCAAAAUCAUUUUGUGCUUUCUGCUAAUUGUAAAACCAAUCAAUCUCAAAAAGUCAAGAGGGGCAUCAAUGGAAGAAAGCGAAAGAGAAAUAUGGUGAAGAUUCUAGAUGCUUCAUUAUCUUCUGAAUUCCCUUCCUUGUUGCACAAUAAGAAUAAUAAAGAUGCUGAGAUUUUUAAUUCCUCUUCUAGUUUGUCAAGAGAAAUGCAAAUGCAUUCUCGGCCUAGCCUGCAGAAAUCAUUUAACAAGUCUUCCUUUGUUCAGUCUUGUAACACACAAAUACAGUCCGCAUUUGCAUCCAAAUUUGUUUCAUGUAAGAAUCGUCUGAGCAAGAAUCUCGUUCAUAAAGUUUCCUAUGAGUCUCUAUCAGAUUCUGAUGCUGAGUUUCACUCACUGCCUGUAUUUUCUGGAACAAAGAGAUUGAGAAAGAAUCUCACUUCUGAUUUUGAGCAGUUUCAUAUACAAGAACCAUCCAAUGAGGAACCUGAAAAUGGUAAGUUGAGGCCAUUCUUAUGCAGGAAGGGAAAUGAUCAUAGAACAAGGCCAGUAGUAUGUGGAAAACAUGGUGAAAUUUGUAAAGAACAUUUGGCUAAAGAGGUGCAAAAGCCUGCAAAAAUUGUCUCCCUCAAGAAGGUCCUUAAGUCUUCCAAAGGGUGUUUGAGCCACACAAAUGGAAAACCUAGACUAACAUCAAAAAAGCAAUGGAAGAAAUUGAGCAUUGGAACAGAUAGUGGGUCCUGCUGUGGGAACCGUGGUUUAAAAAUUAAGGAACACAUUGAAACACAAAAUACAAUAAUUUAUAAUGAAGCAAAUGUUGAUAUGUCCCUGGAAGACUUGGAGAGAGGUGGCACGCAAGAUGCUAAAGCUAAAGCUAAGCAGGGUGUUAGGGUUGGAAAUACAGAAAACGUUCGAUUGAAGGUGAAGAACAAGGACAUUCGGAAACACCGCAGCAUUAAUGAGCUUACUGCUAAAGAAACCAAAGUGACGGAUAUGAUGGAUUGUUCUCAAGACAGAGAGACUGGUUUUUGUAGCCCAAAAAGUAGAAACUCUAGUCAAGGUCACCUAAACAUAUCUACCAUAAAGUCAGAUACCUUCUGCUGUGUGUGCCGAAGCUCAAGCAAUGAUGAAAUCAACUGUUUGUUGGAAUGUUGUCAAUGCCUAAUUCGAGUGCACCAAGCUUGCUAUGGUGUUUCCACAUUACCCAAAAGAAGUCGCUGGUGUUGCAGACCAUGCCGGACCAACUCAAAAAAUAUUGCAUGUGUCCUAUGUGGUUAUGGAGGUGGAGCCAUGACUCGAGCAACAGUGAAUCAUGCGAUUGUCAAGAGCCUCUUAAAAGUGUGGAAUGUUGAGAAAGAUGGCAUGCCUAAGCAUACAACUUCAUAUGAAUUUUUUGGAAAGGAAAUAUAUGCAUUCCCAUCCUCAAAGUUUGGUCAAGAAAGUGUUUUAAAGACAAAAAUCCGUGAUACAUCAACAGAUCUGAUGAAAGUUCAAAUAUCUACAAAUCAUAUGCAGCAUACCCUCACCAGUCUUUCUAAUUUUAAGGUACACAACAGCGUUACUGCAGGAGUUCUUGAUCCAACUGUUAAACAAUGGAUUCAUAUGGUUUGUGGUCUUUGGACUCCUGGAACAAGAUGCCCGAAUGUUGACACCAUGAGUGCUUUUGAUGUAGCUGGUGUUUCACGUCCCAGGGCAGAUGUGGUUUGUUCCAUUUGCCAUCGAUGGGGUGGUUCUUGUAUAGAGUGCAGGGUGGCUGGUUGCUCUGUCAAGUUUCAUCCUUGGUGUGCUCAUCAAAAGAACCUGUUGCAAAGUGAGACUGAAGGUAUUGAUGAUGAAAAGAUUGGAUUUUAUGGAAGAUGCAUCCUUCAUGCUAUUGAACCUAGAUAUCUGUCAAUGUAUGAUCCUAUUGAUGAAAUGGGAAAUCAAGAAGAAAAGGAAUUCACCUGUGCCAGGGUAGAGGGUUACAAGGGAAGAAGAUGUGAUGGUUUUCAGGAUAAUCACUGCCAAGGUGGAUGCCUUGUUCCUGAGGAGCAGCUUAAUGCUUGGAUUCACAUCAAUGGGCAGAAAUUAUGUUCUCAGGGACUCAUAAAAUUCCCCGAUUUGGAUAUGGAGCAUGAUUGUCGAAAGGAAUACGCUCGGUACAAACAAGCAAAGGGAUGGAAACACCUUGUUGUGUACAAAUCCCGUAUACACGCACUUGGUCUUUACACUUCUCGAUUCAUUUCCCGGGGUGAAGUGGUGGUUGAAUAUGUUGGUGAAAUUGUGGGAUUGCGUGUGGCUGAUAAAAGGGAGAAAGAUUAUCAAUCUGGAAAGAAACUUCAGUACAAGAGUGCCUGCUAUUUCUUCAGGAUAGACAAAGAGCAUAUUAUUGAUGCCACAAGGAAAGGGGGGAUUGCUCGGUUUGUUAACCACUCGUGCCUGCCAAAUUGCGUGGCAAAAGUGAUUACUGUAAGGCAUGAAAAGAAGGUUGUCUUCUUUGCUGAGAGGGAUAUAUUUCCUGGUGAAGAGAUUACGUAUGAUUACCACUUUAAUCACGAGGACGAAGGAAAGAUUCCAUGCUACUGCUAUUCAAAAAAUUGCAGGCGCUAUAUGAACUGACCACGUGCAAUUGGAGCUGAGUUUUGCUCCUUAAUUUUUUGUAAAUAAGCUUUCUGUUGGUGAUCUUAAUUUUUUUUUUUUUAUCUUAAAUUAGUUUUUCUCACCUUCAAUAGACGCCUUCAGAUUAAUGAAAUUAUGGUGAAGAAAGUUUUCGUGGAAAACAAAUAGUAUAGCAGCAGCUGAAGGCAAUCAUUUUGUGAAAGCACGCAUUACAAUUCCCCAGGCUUGAAGCACAGCCACAACUAUGUUCGAAGAAUUAAAUAAAUACAUAAGCAGUGGCGUUUACAUUGCAUUCUCCAA